GUAACUACUAAUUGAUCCCUCUCUCUGCAGCUCACCUUCAUAGCUUGUUCACAAAGCAUCUGCAAAAUCACUCUCAAACGCUUAAAAGAGUCACAGAGAACCCCCAAGGAGAAGACAUUAAUGGAGGCACAAAAGAACACUCCACACGAAAUCGGAGGUAUCCAAAACGACGCGCUUCGAUUCGGUCUACAUGGCGUCAAAAGUGACAUCGUUGGAUCUCACCCCCUCGAAAUCUCCUAUCAAUCCGCAAGGAAGACACAAGAGGACAUGAAGAGAAAAAUCCUUGCGAAUACAUAUGGGACAGCGUUCCCGUUGAAAAUGGAUCUUGAUAGGCAAAUUCUUUCGCGAUUUCAGAGGCCUCCAGGGGAAAUUCCAUCUUCAAUGCUAGGUUUGGAGGCUUUGACAGGAAGCUUGGAUGAUUUUGGUUUUGAGGACUAUCUGAAUGAGAACUUUGGACUUUUGGGCGCUUCCGUCCAAACUAGCUUUCCUUUUGUUAGUGUCCUCAUAGCAGUGCCAUUUUAGAAAUUUUCAGGCUGCUGUACCUAUCAUUAGAUGACACACUUGGUUGCUGCUUCAACCACUAGUAGCAUGGGAGACCUCCUGAUAUACGAUGAGAUAAAAAAGUGGGAAUUUGAGAAUUUAUCAUUGUUGAAGAAGUGACUUAGGAUUGUGGAUUUGAUUUUGAUGGUGAAACCCGGAUUGUAUUGUGCUUUCCAGUAAAAUAAUUCAUAAAGCCUGCUAUUUGGAAAGUGUUAUGUAUAUGGUGUCUUUCAUUAGAUUGUCAGGAAGUUUAUUGGAUUUGAGUUUAGGAAAUUACGUUCUGCA